CUGAGACUUUCUUGGUUCAAGACUACCAGCAAAGAGAUUAUCAACCAACAAACGCAGCCGGUCUGUCUGACCUGGUGACAUACUAAGAGGACGCCGGGACUGAAACGCCAGCUGACCCUCACUGAUGAAUGUCUGUCUAUGGGCAGCCUCCAGUUGUGCUCCGUCACUUGCACCAUGUAUUAAUUGGAGGCUUUGAGUGUCAGUCUUUGGACUAACAGGACUGGCUUCUAACGCUGGGAUUCGACAUGACUGCAGAAGAAUCUUUACUCAGAGAAUAAUUCAUCAUACCUGAAAUCUGGGCCUUUUUUUUUUUUGGUUUUCAUGAACUUAUCAUCAGUACUUUUUUGCAGUUUCUAUACUUAAACAAUUUCCUUGAUUGAUGUUAACAUCACAAAUAGAUUAGGGCUAGGGCUAGGUACUUUUGUCAUGCUGGGAAUCUGGGGAGGCGCCAGAAACAAGCAAAAAACUCCGACAUUUGCUGACUGUGUAGCCUCCCUGUCCACAUCAAUGAGCCUAUGAUCUUUGCAGAAGUCAGAUAGUCGCUCUCUCAUCGAACCGUAUGUCCUUAUCAGAGAUCUAACAGUACCUAUCAAAUGGCCGUCAGGGUGAGCGCAUGCCUGUAGCUGCGCCAGCGUCGUCGUGGCUGGCCGUCGCCGGACGGUCCUCUACCUCGGCCAUGACCCGGCUGAUGUUGGGCCGGACUCUGGAGCGCAUCUGUAAAGGCGUCCUGCUGCUCUGCCUGCUCCACUUCCUCAUCAUGAUGAUCCUGUACUUCGACGUGUACACCCAGCGCUUCGACCUCUUCAGCCGCUUCAACAACGGCCGCAACGGAUCCAGGAAUAACAUCAGCGGAGCAGCGGGAAACGGACAUCACUUUUACUUUUACAACCUUUCCAGGCCCAACGCUACCUUAGCUAGCUACCUGGCCACCGGGGAGCAGCUGGUGCCGAGCGCGCAGCCGGAGACGAACCAGACGCCUUCGCCCAAACCGCUGCCACCCUGCCCUGAGAUCCCACCCGGCCUUGUGGGUCGUUUGUUGAUCGAGUUCAGCUCCCAGAUGACGAUGGAACGAGUGCAGAAAGAAAACCCCAACGUUACGGAGGGAGGCCGCUACACGCCACCUGACUGUCGGCCCAGAUGGAAGGUGGCCAUCAUCAUCCCGUUCCGCCACAGAGAAAACCACCUCAAGUACUGGCUCCACUACCUCCACCCCAUCCUCCGACGGCAGAGGAUUGACUACGGCAUCUACAUCAUCAACCAGUUGGGUGAGGAAACCUUCAACCGAGCUAAACUGUUGAACGUUGGCUACACGGAGGCUCUGAAGGAGGCAGAGUACGACUGCUUCAUCUUCAGCGACGUAGACCUGAUCCCAAUGGACGACCGCAACCUGUACCACUGCUACGACCAGCCGAGACACUUUGCCAUUGCUAUGGACAAGUUUGGCUUCAGGCUGCCGUACGCAGGCUACUUUGGAGGAGUGUCAGGCCUCAGUAAAAAACAGUUUCUGAAAAUCAACGGCUUCCCCAACGAGUACUGGGGCUGGGGAGGAGAGGACGACGACAUCUACAACAGGAUCACUCUGAAUGGGAUGAAGGUGUCCAGGCCAGACGUUCGCAUCGGCCGCUACAGAAUGAUUAAACACGAGAGAGACAAACACAACGAGCCCAACCCACAGAGAUUUAAUAAGAUACAGAACACUAAGAACACGAUGAAGAAGGACGGCAUCAGCUCUCUGACCUACAGACUGGUUCAGGUCAAGAAGUACCCGCUGUACACAAACAUCUCAGUGGAGAUCGGCAAACCACCGCCUAGGCCUUUCAAGGGCUAGAGACCGACGGAGAGUCAGGAGGGUUGGCAUCCAUUGACUGGAGGGAAAAGAUGUGAAGAA